AUGUUAAGUUCGAGAAAGAUCACCUAUUUCCUCGGCAGAUUAUUAUUCUCCCUCUUUCUGAUAGCUAUAGGCUACCACAUGUUCUAGAAUGGCCACUAAAUUUAUAACAGAUAUCUUCACGCUCUCAGAAAACUAAUACUUCCAGAGUCUCAAGGUUCAGGAUUGGUUCCCUUAAUUGGUAUAACUUUUGAGAGACUUAAUCAGAUAAUAAUAAAGUUCGAUGGAGCACUCUUUGUUACGAGUGGCUUAUUAAUUCUGAUUUAGAAAUAAGCAAUGGGAUCGAAAAUGCUCAUAGUUGCUGUGAUUUUUAUUCUGCUAACAAAGGACAAUCCAUUUUUAAAGACUAAUGAUAAGCUCUACGGCUUAGAUUAAAGUCAACGCAUUCUUGAAUUCUUAAAGCAUCUUAGCUUAAUUGGGGUUGCUUUAAUCAUUUCAGAUAAGGGUGGUAAAGAACAUGUUAAUGAAGAGGAAUUCAAUGAUGAAAAAGUCAAGUAUGAUUGA